AUGCAACAAGCACUUUUCGGUGGUGGAUGCUUUUGGUGUACCGAGGCGGUAUUUUUACAAAUCCAGGGAGUUCAGCGGGUUCUAAGUGGCUAUGCAGAAGAAUAUCAUCAGAACUUCUUUGCCAAGAAUCCCACUCAAGGCUAUUGCAAUUUUGCCAUUCCGCCAAAAUUGAACAAAUUACGCAGCAAGUUUACAACCUUGUUAAAAACUCAUUAA